AGGUCCAGCCCCAGAGACCUGUCACGGCUCGCGCCUAGAGCUCCCUCCCCACCCCCUUCUUCGCCGUGCGAGUAGCGGUGACACCAGGCUCGCGGCCGAGUAUUAAAGUGGCGGUAGCGGGCCUAGGGUUCGCCCCAGGCAGCGUUGGAUUGUUCUGAAGUCCAGAUCUCUUCAAAGACUGCUUGACUGGUUGGAAAUUAUGCUAGUAAACCACUAUCAACCGGAAACCAUGAAGCAACAUUUUACAUAGUUGAGAUUGAAAUCAUGGCAUCUUCAACAAAUCUAGAUAUUGGGGCACAGAUAAUUGUGGAAGAGUGCACCAGCAGCUAUAGUCUGUCUCACAUGCCAGACAUUAAAGUAGAGCAUCAGCUUGACUCCACCACCGAAGAAGGCCCAGCUCAGAGUGUCGCCAUGGGAAUGAAAUUCAUUUUGCCUAAUAGAUUUGAUAUGAAUGUCUGUUCUCGGUUUGUGAAGUCAUUGAAUGAAGAAGAUAGUAAAAAUAUUCAAGACCAGGUCAACUCUGACCUCGAAGUGGCGUCUGUCUUAUUUAAAGCUGAAUGCAACAUCCAUACUUCCCCUUCUCCUGGAAUUCAAGUAAGACAUGUCUACACUCCAUCAACAACUAAACAUUUUUCGCCCAUAAAACAGUCUACUACUUUAACUAACAAACAUAGGGGAAAUGAGGUCUCUACAACACCUCUCCUUGUAAAUUCUCUGUCAGUUCACCAGCUGGCUGCUCAAGGGGAAAUGCUUUAUUUGGCCACACGUAUUGAACAAGAAAAUGUAAUCAACCAUAAAGAUGAAGAAGGUUUUACCCCUCUGAUGUGGGCUGCAGCGCAUGGACAGAUAGCAGUGGUAGAGUUUCUGCUUCAAAAUGGUGCAGAUGCUCAGAUUUUGGGGAAAGGGCGAGAAAGUGCACUAUCAUUGGCCUGUAGUAAGGGAUACACAGAUAUUGUCAAAAUGCUGCUUGAUUGUGGAGUUGAUGUAAAUGAGUAUGACUGGAAUGGAGGGACACCUCUUCUAUAUGCAGUACAUGGAAAUCAUGUGAAAUGUGUAAAAAUUCUCUUAGAAAAUGGUGCUGAUCCAACUAUUGAGACCGAUUCUGGCUAUAAUUCCAUGGAUUUGGCUGUGGCUUUAGGCCAUCGGAGCGUUCAACAGGUUAUUGAGGCUCAUUUAUUGCAGCUCCUUCAAAAUAUCAAGGAGUAAUGGCCUGCUGUUCAUAGAAAAUUGGUCCAGACCUGAAGAUUUGGACUGUGUUUUAGCCCCACAAUCAGUGAUAAAGGCUUGUUAACUUAUUUAACUUUACCUCAGUGAAAAUAUUUGCUGGUUUUAGUAAGAUUUUAGUACACUUUCUUUAUGUAUUUCACUGAUGUUCAUAGAAAUCUGUGAUAAUUGAUCCUUUUGUAAAUGUAUUUUAUGUAAAUUUUAAAAAAUGUAAUCAGUGUGUUGCAUGAAAACCUUGAAAAAAAAUAUAAUUAUAGCUGCGUAAAUGUUCACAUUAAGUACAGUAGUUGACUUUCUACAGAGUAUUCCACUAGGUUGUGUCAAUGAUAUGGUAUCCACAUAGACUUCGUUUUAGAUUUUUAGGUGUGUACCACAGAAGACAAGUUUCUUUAUUGUUUAUAGGACAAAAAAAGUGCACAAUGUGUGGUUGUUUACAAAUUCCUAUGCAGUUGAAUUAAAAUACUUUGUCAAUUUC